AUGGGUGGCUGGACGUUCUUCCUGUUCGCCUAUCUGCUCGGCGGCCUCACCUUCCUCCCACUGACCGUGGCCGCCGUUCUCCUCCACCUCUACUUCUCGCUCCCUUACCGACCCGACCCCGACGUGAGGAAAAAAGACGACUGCGACGAUAUUAUUCAGCCGGGGGACGACGUGUCCGCCCUGAUAGAAGCACAGGAUGCGAGAAAAGAGGAUAAUAAGACCCGGUUGACGAGCGAGCCCGAUGUCGCUGCGGGAUACUUUGCCGUGUGUCGUGAAUACACGCCGAUGGGGAUCAACGCGAAACCCAUCGAGCGGUCGACACCUGUGGGAUCGACGACCGUGGCGGCUCCGAGUCAGAGUGUAUACCAGACCAUGUACCGGAGCAUCUUUGACCGGAAGCAGACGUCGAGUCCGAUAGAUAGUAAUGGAACGGCGAGCCAACGGCCCAAGAAGGCCGGCAAUGUGUUUUACGUUGCGCUUAGACACGGCCACCUGAUGCUUUUCGAUGACGAGGAACAGCUCGAAGUCCGCCAUGUCAUAUCUCUCGCCCACCACGACGUUAGCAUAUACUCGGGGGGCGAUGUUACACCAGAGGGCGAACUCUACAUAAAGCGAAACGCCAUCCGCUUGUCCAGAAGAAAUGAGGCCUACGACAUAGCUUCCGAGAAUGCGAAACCCUUCUACCUCUUUUCCGAAAACUGUUCUGCCAAGGAAGACUUUUACUUUGCUCUCCUCCGGAACCAGGAGCAAACUCUCGCCGCCGACCGAACUGCGCCCGUUCCGCUUCAGUACGACGUGACGGAUAUCAUCUCCCUUGUUCAACGCCUCCAUUCGACCGACGAUCACCUGCAUACAAGGUGGCUUAACGCCCUUCUUGGACGGGUGUUCCUCUCUGUCUACAAGACGUACGAACUGGAAAACUUCAUUCGCGAGAAGCUUACAAAGAAGAUUUCGCGAGUCAAGCGCCCCUCGUUUCUGACCCAUAUCGUCAUCCGAGACAUUCACACGGGGAAUUCGCCGCCCUACAUUUCGAACCCGAAACUAAGGGAUCUAAGCGUUGAUGGCGAAUGCGUUGUGGAAGCGGACGUUCGGUAUACGGGUAACUUUCGGAUAGAGGUUUCGACUACUGCCCGUAUCGAUCUCGGUUCCCGCUUCAAAGCCCGCGAGGUCGACCUCACUCUAGCCGUUGUUUUACGCAGAAUUGAGGGACGUGCCAUGUUCAAGAUCAAGGCCCCGCCGAGUAACCGAAUUUGGUUCUCGUUUCAGUCUAUGCCCAAGAUGGAGAUGAGCAUCGAGCCCAUCGUCAGCUCCCGACAGAUUACUUAUACGAUGAUUCUUCGUCAGAUCGAGAACAGGAUCAAGGAGGUUGUAGCCGAGAGUAUUGUGUCGCCUUUCUGGGACGAUGUCCCCUUCUUUGAUACCGAGCACAAGAAGUGGCGUGGAGGGAUCUGGGCUUCGGACAACCAGCCUUCGACACCCCCGCCGGAGGAGGUCAUAGAUGCACCGCCGGUGAAUGAUCCUUGCGGACACGACGUUCAGUUUGCCCUUGAUGUGUCAGAUCCAAAGCAUCCACACAUUAUUGAGAAGCACGGGGCCGAAACCCCCCCGUUGGUGAAAAGCCCCACAGCCAGUCUCUUUAGUCGAAAGCUCACUACCAAGUCUGCGGUUAGCAGUCCAAGGGCAUCGACGACGAGCUUCGAGUCCACACAGCACGUCCCAGCAACUGCUAGUGCGUGGCCCGCACCGUCUAGGACAGCUGCCGAUGUCGUUGUAGCGCCAGAUUCAGCCAAGGCGGAACCCGCGGCUGGCAUAAGAGAAAUGCCGACUUCUGCGGCGAUGGAGACUUUGGCGGCCGUGGCCGGUUCGCCUCCGAAACAGGGCAUGACGCCCUUGGCCUCGCCGAUCAAGCCGCCGCCGCCUGUGGCCAAGGCGCAUUCGAUUCAUAGCGAUAGAGACGGUGAUCGAAAUCGGGAAAGGGAACAUGAGGAAGACACGGUGCCUGUGCCUGUACCGACAACAACGACGACAUCGCACGAGAACAGGAGAGAUACGACAUCUUCGAUCGAAUCCUUCGAUCACGGGCACGCGACUAACCAGGGUAAAGCUGCUUCUGUAAAGAGUCGCGCCGGCUCAACCAAUUCGAAUUCUCGGGGUUUUCCCAAUCGCGAAGAGACGGGGACAUCUUUCGGUAGCUCCAACUCUAACUCAUCUGCGGGCCAUAACUCGAACGGUACCUCCACCGUGAAGAAUAAUACCUUUGCCGCCGUUAGCAACGCAGCGCAGCAGGCUCGGCAGUGGGGUCUUAACGCGUUGCAGCGUCGCAGGGAGGCUAAGGAAGAGCAGCAGAAGCAAAACCAGCUUAACCACCAUCACAACAGUAACGGUCAUCCCCAGGUCGACCUGAGCCAACCCAUGGGCAGGGGACGACCGUUGCCACCUCCUGGAAUACCGCUCCCGCCGCCGGACAGAUCUCAGAAGCCUACGACCAUUCCUGUGCAGAAGAAGAGGACUCUGCCGCCGCCUCUUUUGCCUGAGCGGUGGUGGCCCGGUCCCGGUGAUCGUGACCGCGACCGCGACCGUGAAAGGGAACGGGAACGAGAAUGGGAGCAGGACGUUCAGAAGGCAAAGGAGAUGUCGCUUGAGGAUGAGCAGCACAAAUCUAAGAGGCCCGUACCACCGCCGCCCCUUCCGAGGAGGAGAGGUAGGAACGAUAGUGUCGAUGACUACCCGCCUGAGGGGAAUAUGCUCGUUGUGGCCGCACCUUCAGAUUCCGAGCCCGGUACCCCUGCUGCUGCUGCUGGGGAGGCUUUCCCAAGUCUUGACUCGACAGUGCAACCUGCCGGUGUCGAUGAGGGAUCAAAGGUUAUCCCAACGCAGCAGGCUGAUGCUCGUCCGCCUCCUCUGCCGCCAAAACAAGUACCUGUCGCAGAGGAGGUAGAAGUCCAUGACGUGCAAGAUACUCCGGCACAACCGCAGGCAGAGUCAUCAGAUGCCGCCCCCUCCGCCGUUACUCAGAACAAUGAAGAGGAAGAUGAUGACGGCUACUCCGGCUGGAUGGAUGACACCAUGACCUUUGAGGAAGAGGAGAAUGAAAAUGUGCGUCAGGCGGCCAUCAUUGCAGAGACAAAUCUGCUCUGA